CAGGUCCGCCGAACGACUCUCCUAACCCGGGUCAGAGUUCACCUCUGCCUGGAAAUGUGAGCAGAGCGGGGCGACAGGAGGGCCAACCCCCGGCGACCCCCCGCGACCUCCCGCAUUCGUCGUCACGCGCGCACGCACGCGGGCACGCGCGCCAGCCAUGUACUCGCCGCUUUGUCUCACGCAGGACGAGUUCCACCCGUUCAUCGAGGCGCUGCUGCCGCAGGUGCGCGCCUUCGCCUACACGUGGUUCAACCUGCAGGCCCGGAAGAGGAAGUACUUCAAGAAGCACGAGAAGCGCAUGUCCAAGGAGGAGGAGCGGGCGGUGAAGGACGAGCUGCUGGGCGAGAAGCCCGAGGUCAAGCAGAAGUGGGCCUCGCGCCUGCUGGCCAAGCUGCGCAAGGACAUCCGGCCCGAGUUCCGCGAGGACUUUGUGCUGUCGGUGACGGGCAAGAAGGCGCCCUGCUGCGUCCUCUCCAACCCCGACCAGAAGGGCAAGAUGCGGCGCAUCGACUGCCUGCGGCAGGCCGACAAGGUAUGGCGCCUGGACCUGGUCAUGGUCAUCCUCUUCAAGGGCGUCCCGCUGGAGAGCACCGACGGCGAGCGCCUGGUCAAGUCGCCGCGCUGCGCCAACCCGGGGCUCUGCGUCCAGCCGCACCACAUCGGCGUCUCCGUUAAGGAGCUGGACCUCUACCUGGCCUACUUCGUCCGAGCCGAAGGCGGCCAAUCGGACAGCCCCGAGCAGUCCGGCGACGCGGACGUCAAAGAGCAGACCGAGAACGGUCAUUUGGGUUUCCAGGACAGUUUUGUCACGCCGGGAGUUUUUACCGUUUCCGAACUCGUACGAGUUUCCCAAACUCCCAUCGCCGCCGGCACGGGUCCAAACUUCUCGCUGGCCGACUUGGACAGCUCGUCCUACUACGGCAUGAGCCCCGGCGCCAUGAGGAGGCCCCUCCCCAGCACGUCGUCCUCCAGCUCCGCCAAGCGCAUCAAGUGCAUGGAGGACGACGGCGACAGCCCGGGCGAGGACUCGUACUACCCGCCGACGGCGGGUCGCUCGCCUGGCGGCGUCAGUCAAGCGGGCGGCUGGCACGACGAGCCGGGAUAUAAGCUACGCGGCUCGCUAGCUAGCUCCUUCAUCUCCCGACAAGCGAGCCCUCACGCGCCCCCGUCCAGCCUGCACUUCUCCUCGUCGCCCAUCCUGCAGCAGCCGGCCUCCUACUUCUCCCACGCGGCCAUCAGGUACCACCCGCAGGACCCCCUGAAGGAUUUCGUGCAGCUUGUGUGCCCCGACUCCGCCCAGACGGCCGGACAGGUGGGCUUCCUCAACCCUAACGGUAGCUCCCAGGGAAAAGUCCACAAUCCCUUCCUGGCGGCGCCCAUGCUGCCGCCCCCUCCGCCUCCGCCCAUGGCGCGGCCCGUCCCGCUGCCCGUCGACGCCAAGCCGCCCGCCGCCUCCUCCGCCGAGGGGGGCGCCAACUCGCCGUCCUCGCCCACGUACUCGGCCCCGCCCACCAGCACGCCCGCUCAGCGAUUUGUCAGCGUGGGGCCGCGAGACCCCGCCUUCAACAUCCCGCAGCAGCCGCAGUGGUACCUGGGCUAAGGACUGUUGAAGCUCCUCCCCCGGACGCCCCGCCCUCCACUCCGCCCACCAGCGUCCUUCCGUCGCCCGGAGAGAUUCCUUUAUCCCUCCCUCCUUUCGGGGGCGGGGCCGAACGAGACCUCGUUUGCCGCGGCCCCGCCUCCUCCCGACGCGGGAGGAGCCCGACGGCGGAUCUCGCCGACCGCUCUCGAGCCCGCCCCCUGGCGGGCGUGGACGGCCGCUCGUCACGUGACUCUUCCUCUUCUCCCCCCUCCUCCUCCUCCUUUGUGACACGAGGGAAUACUCAAUAUGAAAUAUUGAAUAUUCGAACGGGACGUGUGGAAUAUAUAGGAAUAUCGGAGACGAGGAAAACGUGCAAUGUUUGGAAGCUCCGAGCUGCUUUUUUUGGUUGGUUUUUCCCGGAAGUCCACCGGCACCAAUGGACUCUAAAACAGGACGUGCAAAGACAAUAAGGGACAUUAUUAUUAUUAUUACUAUUAAUAUGCUUCUGAAUUUGUGGCCCGGCGAUGUGGAUCCCUUUAAAAGUGUGCUCGUUUGUUAAACGGGCGCAUCUUUCACUUUUCAUCUUUUUUCAAUGGUGUUUUUCCCGUGCAGUCAACCCUGGCCGUCGGCCGACGCCCCCUUCGCCGAGCCCCGCCCGCAGGUCGAAACUUGAAACGCGUGGCGUUCGAACGUGAAUCCGUCGUGUCCAAAAAAGUGAAUCUGAAUUGUACAAAUUUCAUUCAUUCAUUCAUCCGCUCAUCCUCACGAGGGUCGAGGGGGUGCCGGAGCCUAAGUACGGGCAGGAGGCAGGCGGGGUUGGUUUCAAUUGAUCGAGUUCAAAUAUUCAAUUUAUCGCUUGAAGAUGGGAAAUGUAUUGCGUUAAAACGGGAAAUAUAGCGCGGAAUUAAAUUUGUUGCGUGAAUUUGCCAAUCUUUAAAUGUAUCGUGUUGAAUUGGGAAACUUAUCGCGUGAAGAGUGUCGUGUUGAAAUUAGCCGCGUCACUUUGUGUGGCCAAUAAUUAAAUCACGUGCAUCGACUUUUUCGCUAAAUUCAUGUCAAAUUUAUACAGUCCCUAAAUCGGGGAAUAAUUACCAUAUUCGGUUUUUAGACAAAUCGAAAUAUCACUAGCUUCCUGAGUUAGCUUUGUCAGAUUCUGAAGUUCACGUCAACACCAGCUUCGAAAGUUAGCGUCAACGUCAGCUUCCGAAGUUAGCACUAACGGCAACUUCCAAAGAUGGCACGUAAGCCAUCUUCCAAAGUUAGCAUCGACGUCAGCUUUCGAAGUUAGCAUUGUCUGCUUCCUUAAUUUAGCAUCGUUAGGUGCCGAAGUUGGCAUCAACGUCAGCUUCCGAAAUUGGCGUCAACGGCAAUUUCCAAAGAUGGCACAUACGCCGUCUCCCAAAAUCAUUCAAAGUUUGCGUUGUCUGCUUCCUAAGUUAGUGUCGACAGGUUCUGAAGUUAGCGUCGACGUCAGCUUCUGAGGUUAGCGUCACUGUCAGCUUUUGAAGUUAGCGUCUGCAUCCGCUUUUGAAGUUAGCUUCAACAUCAGCUUGCCACGUUAGCAUUUUCUAUUCUUAAUUAGUGUCAUCAGCUUCCACAGUUAGCAUCAACGCCAGCUUUUCAGGCUAGCGUCACCGUCAGCUUCUGAGGUUAGCGUCUGCAUCCGCUUUCGAAGUUAGCUUCAACGUGAGCUUCCGAAGUUAGCAUUGUCAGUUUCCGAAAUUAGGAUCAAUACCAUUUGUUUGGAUAAGCGUCAACAGCAUCUUCCAAAAUUAGUAUCAACAUUAGCAUCCAAAGUUAGAAUUAAUGGCAACUUUUGGAGUUAGCAUCUUUUGCCUCCUUAGUGUCAUCCAUUUCCAAGGUUAGCAUUGUCUUUUUCCCUAGUCUCAACACAAGCUUCCAAAGUUGGCAUCAUAGCCAGCUUCUGAGGUUAACAUCAAUGUCAGCUUUCGAUGUUGGUAUUAACGCCACCUUCCGAAGUUAGUGUCAAUGUCAGCUUGCGAAGUUAGCAUUGCCUGCUUCCUUAAUCGGCAUCUUUAGGUGCUGAAGUUAGCCUCAACAUCAGCUUGCGAAGUUAGCGUCUGCAUCCGCUUUAGAAGUUAGCUUCAACAUGAGAUUCAGAAAUUAGCAUUGUCCACUUCCGAAAAUCGCCUCAACACCAGCCUCUGAAGUUAGAAUGAUCAGCUUCCAAAAUUAGCGUCAACACCAUCUUCCAAAGUUGAUGUCAACAUAUGCUUCCAAAAUUAAAAUUAAGAGCAACUUUCAAAGUUAGCAUCUUCUGCUUUCUUAGUGUCAUUCGUUUUCCAACAUUAGCAUUGUCUCCUUCCUUAGUGUCGUCAGGUUCCGAAGUUAGCAUCAACAUCAGCUUUCGAAGUAAGUCUUAACGUCAGUUUCCGAAGUUAGCAUCGACGCCAGCUAUCUGAGGUUAGCUUCACCGUCAGCUUCCGAAGUCAGCAUUGACGCCGGCUUCUGAGGUCACGGUCGGUCGGCUUCCAAAGUUAGAAUUAAUGGCAACUUCCAAAGCUAGCGUCGACAUCAGCUUUCCAAUUUAGCAUCAACGCCAGUUUUCGAAGCUAGCAGCAUCGUCUGCUUCCUUAAUUAGCGUUGUCAGCUUCCGAAGUUAGCAUUGUCUACUUACUCAGUUAGCAUCGAAAGGUUCUAAAGUUAGCGGCGACGUCAGCUUCCAAAGUUGGCAUUCAAAUCUGAAAUGUAUUGCAUUAAAACACGAAAUAUAUUUUGCGGUGUUUUGAAAUUUAUCGCGUUGAAAUGUAAACAUUAAAAAAUAUGUGAAAAUUCAAAGAAAUCAUGUUGAACAAUGAAACAGAGCAACCACAUGGUUGGAUUUCAGCUCAAACGGAAAGGACGUCUAUGGCCAAAAUUCCAACGGCGAGGGCUGACUGCAUUUGAAACUCCAUUUUUUUUCUCAACUUGACAUAUUUUUAAAAGCGCGUUUUUGUGUUUAGCGUCUUUUCCGGGCGUUUGUUUGCCCGAUCACCCGGAAGGGGCGAGGCCCCCUGCGAUCGGCCGCUCUCCGAGAGGCGCAGUCACCGCGAGCACUUAGCAUCAGGGGGCGUGGCCUGAAUCAACAUGUACAUAUGAACAUAUACCUAACGAGUAUACAAUACAAAAAGACCUGCAUGUCGUAGUGUUAGUGAUGAUGUAGUUAGUCACAUGACACUUCCUUUUCUAGCUGAGCUCCGCCCCGUCGCUUCCCGCCAUGGGUUAACUCCUCCCCUCCCUCCCACCCUCCGCCCUCGCCGUCUUAACUCAGCACUGACGAAUCGUCCUCCAAAUGUGAACGUUUACUAAAAAGGGAAACGAUGUCGAUGACAAUCAGUCGUUGAAAAGAUUGAAGAGAAAGCAAAGUGCGCGGGGGCGCCGGAUUCUUGCUCGACGGCGACGGACGACGGUUUUGUCUGGUGGGUCUUGAAUUCCUGAAAUCGUCAGGCUUUGAAAAUCUUGAAUUUGCCAGUCUUGUGUUUUAAAAAGGGACUGAAUUUAUUUUAUUAGGUCAUAAGACCCUUAAAUCAGUUCCCCAAGGCCUUGAGAAGUCUUGUAAAUCUUGACAAUUGUGUCUUAAAAAGGCACUGAAUUUCUUCUAUUAGAUCAUAAGAUCCUUAAAUUCCCGUAGUAGUUCCCGUAAGGCCUUGAAAAGUCUUGAAUUUACAAAUCUUGACAGCAUGUCUUCAAUUUGGCCUGGAAGGUCUUAAAUUCCUUAAAUCAGGGUUGAGGCUGGACCUUGAAAGUCCUAUUUACUAAUCUUGCGUCUUAAAAGGGCACAACAGUUCUUCUAUUAGGUCAUAAAUUCCUUGAAUUAGAGUUACCCCAAGGCCUUGAAAAGUCUUGAAUUUACAAAUCUUGACAGCAUGUCUUUAAUUUGGCCUGCAAGGUCUUGAAUUCCUUAAAUUGGGGUUGAGGCUGGACCUUGAAAGUCUUAUUUACUAAUCUUGUGUCUUAAAAUGACACAACAUUUCUUCUAUUAGGUCAUAAAUUCCUUGAAUUAGUUACCCCAAGGCCUUGAAAAGUCUUAAAUUUAUGAAUCCUAAAUACAUUCCUUCACUGUCAUCAUGUGGGUUUUAAAUCACUUGAAUCAGGUUUCACAGUGGGCCCUGAAAAUCAUGAUUUCACACAUCUUGUGUCUUAAAAAGGCACUGAAAUUCCUCUAAUAGGUUCUUGAAGUUUUAAAUUGGUGUUCCCGCAAGGCCUUGUAAAGGCUUAAAUUUACGAAUCUUGACAUGUUCUCAAUUUCACCUGAAGGGUCUUUAAAUUCCUUAAAUCGGGGUUCAUGCAAAGUCUUGAAUUUACUGGUCUUGUGUCUUAAAAAGACACUGAAUUUCUUCUUUUAGGUCAUAAGAUCCUUAAAUAGGAGUUCCCACAAGGCCUUGAAAAGUCUUAAAUAUACUAAUUGUACAGCAUGUCUUUAAUGUUGCCUCGAGAGUCUUAAAUUCCUUAAAUCAGGGUUCAAGCCGGACCUUGGAAAUCUUCAAUUUACUUGUCUUGUGUCUUGAAAAGGCACUGAAUUUCUUUUGUUAGGUCAUAAAUUCCUCCAUAAAUGAGAGUUCCCCCAUGUCCUUGAAAAGUCUUAGAUAUUUCAUCGAGUGGGUCUUAAAUCCCUUAUAUCAGGGUUCGCAACAGGCCUUGAAAAUCAUCAUUUUACACGUCUCGUGUCUUAAAAAUGAACUGAAAUUCUUCUAAUAGGUUCUAAAAAAUUUAAUCGGAGUUCCCAUAACGCCUUGAAAAGUCUUAAAUUUACAAAUCCUUACAUGUCCUCCAUUUCAUCUGGUGGGUCUUUAGAUUCCUUAAAUUGGGGUUCACUGCAGUUCAGACCUUGAAAACCUUGAAUGUACUUUUCUUGUGUUUUUAACAGGCAUUGAAAUUCUGGCAGUUGAAUUUCUUAAAUGAGAGUUUGCACAAGGCCUUGAAAAGUGUUGAAAAUUCCUUAAUUCAGGGUUAAAGCUGGGCCUUGGAAAGCUUGAAUUUACUAGUCUUGCGUCUAGAAAAGGCACUGAAUUUCUUCUACAAUGUCAUAAAUUCCUUUAAUGAGAGUUCCCACAAGGCUUUGAAAAGUAUUCAAUUUAUGAACCUUGAACACAUUUAUUCAAUUUCAUCGGGUCUGUCUUAAAUUCCUUAAAUCAGGGUUGAUGUUGGGCCUUGAAAGUCGUACAUUUUUACUCGUCUCGUGUCUUAAAAAAGGCAUUGAAUUUCUUCUACCAGGUCAUAAAAUCCUUGAAUCACAGUUCCCACAAGGCCUUGAAAAGUCUUGUAAAUCUUGACAACAUUUCAUCUUGUGGGGCUUAAAUUUCUUAAAUCGGGGUUCACGCAAGGCCUUGAAAAUCAUUUACACGUCUCGUGUCUUAAAAAGACACUGAAUUUCUUCUACUAGGUCAUUAAGUCCUUAAAUCAGAGUUCCUCCAAGGUCUUGAAAAGUCUUAAAUUCACUCAUCUUGACAAAUUCUUUAAUUUCAUCCGGUGGGCCUUAAAUUCCUCAAAUAAGGGUUCACACCAGGCCUUGAAAAUUAUGAUUUUGCACAUCUCGUGUCUUAAAAAGGCAGUUAAAUUCUCCUCAUAGGUUGUAAAAAAAAAAUAAUAAUUGGAGUUCCCACAAGAUCUUGAAAAUCUUGUCUUCAGUUUCAUCCGAUGAGUCUUAAAUUCCUUAAAUCAGGGUUCAUGCUGGGCCUUGAAAGUCAUACAUUUUUCCCCCCUCUUGUCUUAAAAAGGGCAUUGAGAUUCUUCUUCUGGGUAAUAAAUUCUAUAAAUCAGAGCUUCCACAAGGCCUUGAAAAGUCUUAAAUGUAUUAAUCUGGAAUACAUUUCAAUUGUAUAGGGUGGGUCUUAAAUUCCUUAAAUCAGGGUUCACACUGGGCCUUGAAAGUCUUACAUUUUUAUGAGUCUUUUGUCUUAAAAAGGCAUCGAAUUUUUUCUACUAGGUCAUAAAGUCCUUAAAUCACAGUUCCCACAAGGCCUUGAAAAGUCUUAAAUACACUCGUCUUGACAAAGCCUUUAAUUUUGUUUUAAAUCCCUUAAAUCAGGGUUGACGCUAGGCUUUGGAAGUCUUUAUUUGACCAGUAUUGUGUCUUACAAAGGUACUUAAUUUCUUCUAUUAGGUCACAAAUUUCUUAAAUCGGAGUUCCCACAAGGUCUUGAAAAGUCUUAAAUGCAUUAAUCUUGACAACAUGAAAUUCCAUACAUCAGGGUUAGCACUGGGUCUUGGAAAGUCUUAAAAUCUUGUGUUAAAUUUGUCUGGUGGGUCCUAAAUUUCUUAAAUUAGGGUUUCCACCUGCUCUAAAAUAGUCUUAAAUGUACUCAUUCUUUGUCUUAAAAAGUGUAAAAAUGUAUAUGUCAAAUGUACUCAUUCUUUGUCUUAAAAAGUGUAAAAAUGUAUGUUUUUUGUCAAAAAACAAAUACAAAAUAUAGACCCUCUAUGAUAGAGUUAGUUUAUUAAAAACAAGCGGGGGAAAAACUGUACUUAGGAACUACAAAAAUUUAACCUAAAUUUUAAACAAAGCGGAUGUUCGUGAUUUACUUUCGCUGGCCAAACAACAAAACCGUGCGGUCCCGGGGCCAGAUUUGGCCCCCGGGCCACCACUUUGACACCAAGCGGAAGGCUCGCAACUCACUCGACCCAUCGUGUUGCCCUUCACCCUACAAAUAAUAGCCCAAAUUCCUCUAAAAACAGGCCCGAAAGUGCCCAAACGGCGCUAGUCAGGGUAACAAAAUGGCGUCCGCGAAUCCCGUGAGAAGUUCAAAGGCUGUCCGCACUUUGCUUUCUCCGACUUUGCAGCUCGUUUCACUAGUCCUUGUCUUCCUUUCUCCCGUUGAGCCGAUUCUGUGAGAAGGUUCCUUAUGCAAAAAACUUGCACUUCUUGUUAACCAAAGUUAGCACGCGACCGGCAUCGCCACCUAGUGGCCGGUCCCUAAAAAAAGAAGAAGAAAAAAGACGGUCUCGCCAAGCUGAGGUGCCGUUGCGCUUCUCGCUUUCACGCUUCAUCGCCGAAAAACAUGUUUACACUUCCCGCUUCCUGCUCAUGUUGCUCAAAAAUUUCAUUUAUUAAAAAGAACAGGAUAUGGCAGUGCAAUUAAAAAAAAGAUUUGGAUUCUUGAUUUUGUUGGUGAAACCGGGAAACUUGAAUUUUAGAAAAUUUAAAAACGAGUGAGUGCCAAUCACAGAAAAACGUGUCGCGUUCCAACGAGACAUUCUCGUCAACUCCCUUAAUUCUUCAGGCGCCAUUAAAAGACGUCCAAUCCAAACGUGACGCAAUUCAAAGGAGUUGGACAUGAAUCGUUUUCAGACCAAUGUUAGCUUCUGGAGUUUGUGUCAACGUCAGAAUCUGAAGUUAGCAUUAAUGUCAGCAUCCGAAAUUAGCACUGUCAACUUACGAAGUUAACGUCUUCAGCUUCUGAAUUUAGCCGAAACUUCAGCUUCCGAACUUAGCGCCGACGUCAACUUCCCAAGUUAGCGUUGACGCCAGUUUCUGGAGGUAGCUAAGACAAUAGCUUCUGAUGUUAGCGUCGUCAGAUUAUGACGUUAGCGUCAACAGCUUUACAGUUGUUGUGGUCAGGUUCCGAAGUUAGCAUCAGUAACGGCUUCUGAAGUUAGCGUUGUCAACAUAUGGAGUAAGUAUCGUCAACUUACAAAGUUGACAUCGUCAGCUUCUGAAGCUAGCAUUGCCUGCUUCCGAAGUUAGCGUCAACGUCUGCUUUUGAAGGUAGCAUCGACAAUAGCUUUGACGUUAGCGACGUCAGUUUAUGAAGUUAGCAUCAACAGCUUUACAAAAUUGUUGCGCUCAGGUUCUGAAGUUAGCCUUGUCAACAUAUGGAGUAAGUAUCGUCAAGCUUAGUAAGUUUGUGUUGUUAGCUUCCAAAGUUAGCUUUGAUGAUAGCUUCUGGAGAUAUCAAUUUAAAACAUUAGCGUCAAAUUUGGCUUCUGAAAUGAUCAUCAACGCCAGCUUCUAAAGUUGGCGUCAACAAUAGCUUCUGAUGUUAGUGUCAUCAGUUUAUAAAGUUAGCUUCAUCAGCUUACAAAGUUGACAUCGUCAGCUUCUGAAGUUAGCAUUGCCUGCUUCCCGAAGUUAGCGUCAACGUCGGCUUUUGAAUUAGCGUCAACGCAUUUCUGAAGUAAGCGUCGACAAUAGCUUCUGAUGUUAGCGUCGUCAGUUUAUGACGUUAGCGUCAACAGCUUUACAAAGUUUUUGUGGUCUAGUUCUGAAGCUAGCAUCAGUAUCAGCUUCUGAAGUUAGCGUUGUCAACAUAUGGACUAAGUAUCGUCAACUUAUUAAGUUUGUGCCAUUAGCCUCCGAAGUUGACAUCAGCGUCCAAAGUCAGUGUUGACGUCAUCUUUUGAAGUUAGCUUUGAUGCUAGCUUCUGAAGAUUGCGUCAUCAAUUUAAGACAUUAGCGUCCAAUUCAGCUUCUGAAAUGAUCAUAAAUGCCAGCUUCCGAAGUCGACGUCGGCUUCUGAAGUUAGCGUUGUCAACUUAUGACGUUGGUGUCAUCAACUCCCGAAGUUAACGUUGAGAUCUUCCGGGCGUCGAAGCACCCACUUGGUGUUUUUGUGUGGUUGUUUUUGUGUAGAUGUUGUGGUGCGGUGGCCGCCAUGAGGAGCCCCGCCCCCUUUUUCCUUUUCUAGCACAGCACUUCUUUGUGUCGUUGUGUCCCCGAUGACUUUGGACGCUCGUUUUCAUUCCAUGCAAAUAAAACGCUUGGUUAUGCAACAUUUGAUGCUUUUUAUUUUUCCAUCUUUUUCCCCCCUCAUCUCACGCUUGGUCCCGGAUCGGCGACCGAUCCUUACUGUCGCUCUCCAGUUGAAAGCAACGCGACCGGUCCCACCAUCCGAUCCAUCCCGACGAGACGGCGCAAAAAAAAAUACAGGAGACUAAAUUACUGGUGCUCGAUUAUGUGCAGAUGACGAGUACGUAAUUUUGUUCUUUGGCUUCGUAACAAAGCUCCGCCUCCAAAAUCAAAUUCAUCACUGUCACAAAUUGCUUGUACUUGCUUACUUGUACUCCAUCACUAAUGAUCAAAUGACCCUAACCUAAAUCUAAGCCCCACCUCCAAAAUCGACUUCAUGACUAAGUACUUGUACUCGAUUACUUGCAGAUGACGAGUACAAAAUUUUGUUCUUUGGCUUCAUAACUAAGCUCCGCCUCCAAAAUCAGCUUAAUUAUUGUCACAAAGUACUAUUACUCCAUUACUGAUGAUCAAAGGACCCUAACCUAGGCUCCACCUCCAAAAUACACUGCAGGACUAAGUACUUGUAUUCGAUUAGUUUAAGUUGACAAGUACAAAAUUUUGUUCUUCCUUUGCCUUCAUAACUAAACUUUGCCUCCAAAAUCGUCAUUAUUGUCACAAAGUACUCGUACGUGCUUACUUGUACUCCAUUACUGAUGAUCAAAUGACCCUAAACUAAGCCCCACCUCCAAAAUCGACUUCAUGACUAAGUACUUGUACUCGAUUACUUGCAGAUGACGAGUACAAAAUUUUGUUCUUUGCCUUCAUAACUAAGCUCCGCCUCCAAAAUCAGCUUAAUUAUUGUCACAAAGUACUAUUACUCCAUUACUGAUGAUCAAAGGACCCUAACCUAGGCUCCACCUCCAUAAUACACUUCAGGACUAAGUACUUGUAUUCGAUUAGUUUAAGUUGACAAGUACAAAAUUUUGUUCUUCCUUUGCCUUCAUAACUAAACUUCGCCUCCAAAAUCGUCAUUAUUGUCACAAAGUACUCGUACUUGCUUACUUGUACUCCAUUACUGAUGAUCAAAUGACCCUAAACUAAGCUCCGCCUCCAAAAUGACGUCAUUACUAUGUACUUGUACUCGAUUACUUGCAGAUGACGAUUAUGAAAUUUUGUUCUUUGCCUUCAUAACUAAGCUCCGCCUCCAAAAUGACUUCAUUCCUAAGU